GGUAGCGCAACGAAUCCCUCUGGCUGCGGCUGCUGCUGCUGUUGCUUUGGCACACUUCUGGGCAACGCUUUGUCGCCGCCGACCGCAAACCUGGGCAAAAUUAUGAACUUGUGUUCCUCGGGCGCUACGGCAUCGACCACAUCGUUAUCAUCCACGGGUCAGAGGAACGGCGGCACGUCUGAAGGAGGGGGAGAAGGAGCAGGAGGAGGAGGAGGUAGCGGCGGCGGCGGCGGCGGCAAUAGCAGCAACGACGGACCCUCAGAGGCCAUUCACUGUUUUGGUAGCAACGGAGGUGGUGGCGGCCCGGAGGAAGUUUUCCACACGAGCCACAGUCACAGCACAGCCAACGGCGGCGGCGGCGGGGGCAGCAGCAACGGACACAGCCAGCAACACAACGAAAAUAACGCAACUAUGCCGCCCGAGACGCGUCCCAAAAUGGUGACGGUCAAGCAUCCGGAAUCCAACAAACCCAAGCCCACCACCAAGAAAAGCAAGCCCAUCCAGGCGGACCAGGACGUGAUCAAGGCGCUGCAACGAUGCCGGGACGAGGGCAUCAAGCGACUGGACCUGAGCAAAUCCUCAAUCACGGUGAUACCCAGCACGGUCAAGGAGUGUGUGCACCUCACCGAGCUGUAUUUAUACAGCAACAAGAUUGGCCAGCUGCCCGCCGAGAUUGGGUGCCUGGUGAACCUGCGGAAUCUGGCCCUGAACGAGAACUCGCUGACCUCGCUGCCCGAGUCGCUGCAGAACUGCAAGCAGCUGAAAGUGCUCGAUCUGCGGCACAACAAGCUGGCGGAGAUUCCGCCCGUCAUCUAUCGACUGCGUACCCUCACCACGCUGUAUCUGCGCUUCAAUCGCAUCACCGCCGUGGCGGACAACCUGCGGCAGCUGGUCAAUCUGACGAUGCUUAGUCUGCGCGAGAACAAGAUCAGGGAGCUGGGCAGUGCCAUCGGGGCGUUGGUGAAUCUGACCACGCUCGAUGUGUCGCACAAUCACUUGGAGCACCUGCCGGAGGACAUUGGGAACUGCGUGAACCUGAGUGCCCUGGAUCUGCAGCACAACGAGCUGCUGGACAUACCCGACAGCAUCGGCAACCUAAAGUCCCUGGUGCGGCUGGGACUGCGCUACAAUCGACUGAGCAGCGUACCGGCCACCCUGAAGAACUGCAAGAGCAUGGACGAGUUCAAUGUGGAGGGCAAUGGGAUGACACAGCUGCCAGACGGCAUGCUCGCGAGCCUGAGCGGCCUCACUACCAUCACCCUGUCGCGGAAUCAGUUCACCAGCUACCCCACCGGCGGACCGGCGCAGUUCACGAACGUGUACAGCAUCAAUCUGGAGCACAACCGCAUCGACAAGAUACCGUACGGGAUAUUCUCGAGAGCCAAGGGCCUGACCAAGCUGAACAUGAAGGAGAACAUGCUGACGGCCCUGCCGCUGGACAUUGGGACGUGGGUGAACAUGGUGGAGCUGAAUCUGGCCACCAAUGCGCUGCAGAAGCUGCCCGACGACAUCAUGAACCUGCAGAAUCUGGAGAUACUCAUCCUGUCGAACAACAUGCUCAAGAAGAUCCCCAACACGAUUGGAAAUAUGCGCAAGCUGCGCAUCCUCGACCUGGAGGAGAACCGCAUUGAGGUUCUGCCGCACGAGAUUGGGCUGCUGCACGAGCUGCAACGCCUGAUACUGCAGACCAACCAGAUCACAAUGCUACCGCGCAGCAUUGGGCACUUGAGCAACCUGACCCAUUUGUCCGUCAGCGAGAACAACCUGCAGUUUUUGCCCGAGGAGAUUGGGUCGUUGGAGGGCCUGGAGAACCUAUAUAUCAACCAGAAUCCCGGUCUGGAGAAGUUGCCGUUCGAGCUGGCCCUCUGUCAAAACCUCAAGUAUUUGAAUAUUGACAAGUGCCCGCUGAGCACUAUUCCGCCCGAAAUCCAGGCCGGUGGUCCGUCCUUGGUGCUGCAGUGGCUCAAGAUGCACUCGCCCUACCGGCAAAUGUGAGAUGUGGACGGCGUCUGGCGCACCGUCUACGUGGGCAGCGACUGCUACUAUCAGUACGAGCUGCAGGCGGUGCAAAAGGCGCCCGGUGAUCCCAAGCCGGACGCUGGCGGCGGCAACGACCGGCGUUAAUGGUGCGAUUGAUCCCCGUCCCUGUCCUCGUCCAGGUUCACGUUCUCCUCCGACCCAAGCAUCCCGAGUAAAACCUACUGGAGUGCGUUGGCCGACAAAAUGAUAGCUUUAACGUGUUAUACCAAUGUCCCGCGUAUUGAAAUACUGCCCCGAUUUGCUUUUACCUUAUGUUAAACCCAUCCUAGAUCACAGCUCCCAAGCUGCUUGGACCCACACCACACCACACACAUUUUUAGGUUCUAAUUUAACUCAUGCUUCCAAGCUAGUCAAAAAAAAAUACACUAAAAGAAAUAAUGAAACGAAACGAAUCGAAAGUGAAUUGAAAGCUUUAAAACCUUUUGUUCGAACUUUGGUCUUAGAAAAGCAAAAUUUAAUGUUAAAAAAAAAAAAACAAAAAAAACUACACAGAAUACGCAAGCGCCAAGGAAUUGUUUGAAAGUUGAAGAAACAAAAUGAAAUUAAAAAUUAAAAAAUUAAUAAGAAAUUAUUAAUGUUUAUAGAUGUAAAUCGUAGCCGAAAAUUUCUAUGAACUGCAACUUGUAUUUUGAGUAUACUACUCGUAUGUACUGUUUGUGAUUAAUAAUACACACAUCAUGCGAAGAAAGAAAUGCAAAUGCUUCGUUUGAGCCCCCCCCCUCCCAAGGGGGACAAGAGUUGAAGGAGUAUUUAGUACCCAUAUAUAUGUAUAUCCUCUAUAAUAUUCUUUAAUUGAACUGUAUAUGUAUGUAUGCUUGUGGUUAGGUUUAAAUAAACCAUAUAUGUAUGUAUGUAACUAUUUUAAUAUGUGGCGCCAGCACGCAAGUUCUCGGCUAUCAACCCACACAGAUAUAUCCACUAUAUAGACCGAGCAGACUUGCUGUUGGGGCAGCCUACGCAGCUUUUUGUAUGUUAGUCUAAACGUAAAUUAAUCAGACAACUUAAUACUAAACCUAUACGUGUUUAAAAGGUGUUAAACUAGCAAAAAA